AUGUCAGUUGACAACGUAUUGGAUAAGCUUGUGGACGAGAAAAAGUACCGUCGCAGGGAUUUGAGAAACAGUUUGGCUUCAAGAAUUGGUAUUGAGGACCGUCCUUCAAGUACGCCAAGAGAACCUCCAAAGAAAAGACUUCGCUUUACAAAUGUACCGUUAGAUGUUUCGGAUUUCACCCUAGAGGAUAUGGUAAAAGAAUUUGCGGAGCCUAUUUAUUGCAACUUUUAUGAUCUAAAGGACUCCAGAACCGCUGUUUUUGAAUUUGAAGAUCCUAGCGUUAUGGAACGAGUAGUCGAGAAAUAUAACGAAACUCCAUUGAAUGGUGGUACAGUUACUGUUGAGAUUUUUGAGCAGGAGAGGAGACCUGACAGGCGUCGUCGUACUCAGAGAGACAACCGCCGUGGUAAUGGACGUGGAAGUCGUGGCAGCCAUUACAAGAGACAAGAUAGACCUGCAAUGGAGGAUGAAUUGAAUGCUGAACUGGAGGAUUAUAUGAAAAGUAGUUAA